GCUUCCGGAAGCAGUGAUGCAAGUGCAUCGUUCGAUGGAGGACUGAGCCAGUUCAAGCAAGGCGAGUCAUCAACAAAGUCGACUGAUCAGUUCAGCUUGCCGUCGAAAACGAAAUCCGUGGUUCUGCCUGAGAUGGCUGAAAGCGGACUGGAUUUGAGCACAGCAGCCAGAACAUAUCGGUCUGAAACAGAUUCAACAACAACACGAUUGAAGCGUUCUCCGGCGAUGAUGUUGGUAGGCGGUGAAGAGCAGCAGCACGUGUCUUCUACCUCUUCUGUUACUGCAGAACUGACUUGCACAACAUCUGGCUACCAUGCUCCAACACCACUCUUUCAAGCAACAGCAAAGGAGGCCGGUUUAAUCACUUUUAACAUUUUCGUAUGUGACACCUUGGUGUUGUGUCGUGAUUGUGAACACAUAAAUUACCAUGCAACAUUUAAGAAAAUUUGA